AUGGCUUCGUUACGAACCACGGAGCACACCAAGCAACCCAUUCUUGCCGACGAGGUCCAGACAUUCAAAGCUCUCAUCACGAUCCACAAGGUCCUCCAGGAAGGCCACCCAUCUGCUAUUAAGGAAGCCAUGGCCCACCGUGGAUGGAUCGAUGGUUUGAAUCGUGGCAUGACGGGCGAGGGAAUCCGUGGCUACGCACCGUUGAUUAGUGAAUAUGUUUACUACUUGCUUGCAAAGCUUUCGUUUCAUCAGCAGCAUCCCGAAUUCAACGGCACGUUUGAAUACGAAGAGUAUCUCAGCUUGAAAGCAAUCAAUGAUCCGAAUGAAGGCUACGAGACCAUCACCGAUCUUAUGGUCUUGCAGGACAAGAUUGAACAAUUUCAGAAACUGAUCUUCUCCCAUUUCAGACACGUCGGCAACAAUGAGUGCCGUAUUUCUGCCUUGGUACCGCUUGUGCAGGAGAGUUACGGCAUCUACAAGUUUAUCACCAGCAUGCUCCGAGCCAUGCACUCAAUCACGGGAGACGACGAAGCUUUGCAGCCUCUUCGAGAAAGGUACGACGCUCAGCACUAUCGGCUUGUCAAGUUUUACUACGAAUGCUCGAACCUCCGCUAUCUUACCAGCCUAAUCACCAUUCCCAAGCUGCCCCAGGAUCCCCCGAACCUGCUCGCAGAUGACGAUGAAGCUCCGGCUCUGCCUGCCAGACCCAGGCAAGAAAUUGAAAGACGACCGACGCCUCCUGUAGAGCCAAAGUCUCAGGAACCUGACGAGAUAUCCGAAUUUUGGAAGAACGAGCUUGAUCGUCAGAAUCGAGAGUAUGAGGAACAGCAGAGAGUCCUUGAAGAGAGACAGCAGGCGGCGUUACUAGCUCAGCAGCAAGCUCAACAACAGGCACAGCGCGAUUUUGAGGAGCAGCAACGCCGGCUAGCAGAGCAGCAGCAGCGAGAGCAGGAAGCUCUUUUGGCACAGCAGGCUCAGUGGCAGACGCAGGGUCGUUUGGCCGAGUUGGAAAGAGAAAACCUCAACGCUCGGGCACAGUAUGAACGGGACCAAUUGAUGCUCCAGCAGUAUGACCAGCGAGUGAAAGCCCUGGAAGGAGAGCUGGCGCAUAUUCAGAACAGCCUUGGCCAACAAAUUACGAGCAAGGAUGAUCAAAUCCGAGCUUUGCAAGAGCAGGUCAAUACGUGGAGGACAAAGUAUGAAUCCCUUGCAAAGCUGUACUCCCAAUUGCGUCAUGAGCAUCUGGAUCUUCUGCAAAAGUUCAAAGCAGUUCAACUGAAGGCUGCCAGUGCUCAGGAGGCUAUCGACAAAAGGGAGAAAUUGGAGCGUGAAAUCAAGACCAAGAACCUCGAGUUGGCCGACAUGAUUCGCGAGCGAGACCGGGCUCUCCAUGACAAGGACCGACUCAGCGGCAGCAAUAAAGAUGAAGUUGAGAAGCUCAAGCGGGAGCUUCGUAUGGCUCAAGACAGGGCCGACAACUUGGAACGCAGCAAGGGUAACGAGUUAUCGACAAUGCUCGCCAAAUAUAAUCGCGAGAUGAGCGACCUGGAGGAGGCUCUUCGCAACAAGUCCAGAGCUUUGGAAGAUUCGCAAUCCAGGAUGAGAGAUGGGAACUCUGACCUUGAGCAGCUUUUGCGAGACAAGGAAGUGGAGCUUGAGGUCUACAAGGCUGGCAUGGAUGAAGCGCUGGUCAAGUUGAACGACCUUGAGAAGAACCAGGGCGAGACAGAUCAUGCUCUGGAUGGACAAAUUGAUGCUCUAAUCUUGUCUAACCUUGACAAGAUCAAUGCUAUCAUUGAUUCCGUCCUGGAAGCCGGGGUAUCUCGAGUCGAUGAUGCCUUGUAUGAACUCGACUCGUCUAUGCAAGCUGGUAACCAGAAUGCUUCGCCGUCAUUCGUCUUGUCUCAAAUCGAAAAAGCUUCAGACAGUGCAACUGAGUUUGCAACAGCCUUUAAUAGCUUUAUUGCUGAUGGUCCAAACAGCACUCACAAGGAGCUCAUCAAGGCGAUCAGUGUCUUUGCGGGAGCGGUUGCAGAUGUUUGUAGCAACACCAAGGGUCUUAGUAGACUAGCAACUGAUGACAAGAAGACGGAUUCUCUGAUGAACGGUGCACGGCAAUCGGCUGAAUCUAGCAUUAAGUUCUUCCGCAACUUGCUCAGUAUCCGACUGGAGGAACUGGAGACGGAUCAGAAGAUCGAUGUGGUUAUCAAUAGGAAUCACGACGUGCAGAUGAAUCUACAGAAGCUCAACAAACUUGUUGAAGCAUUUGCACCCGGCUUCGGCAGGCUCACAAACAACAAGGGGGAUCUUGGAGAUUUGGUCGAUUCCGAGCUUAACAAGGCCGCCGACGCCAUUGCCGCUGCUGCAGCCCGUCUUGCCAAGCUCAAGAACAAACCCCGAGACGGCUAUUCCACGUACGAGCUGAAGGUACACGACUCUAUCCUGGAUGCCGCCAUGGCCAUUACCAAUGCCAUCACCCGACUCAUCAAGGCGGCAACCGUCACCCAGCAAGAGAUCGUCCAGGCGGGCCGAGGAUCAUCUUCACGAACAGCUUUCUACAAAAAGAACAAUCGCUGGACUGAGGGACUUAUUUCGGCCGCAAAGGCUGUCGCAUCUUCGACCAAUACGCUGAUUGAGACGUCAGAUGGAGUCAUCUCAGACCGAAACAGCCCCGAGCAGCUCAUUGUUGCCUCCAACGACGUGGCCGCAUCAACCGCGCAGUUGGUCGCCGCGAGCAGGGUCAAGGCCGGGUUCCGUUCCCAUAGCCAGGAGAACCUGGAGCAGGCCAGCAAGGCGGUGGGAGCGGCAUGCAGAGCAUUGGUCCGUCAGGUGCAGAACAUGAUUCGUGAGCGUGGGCAGGACGACGAGCAGGAAGAUUACACCAAGCUCGGGGCUCACGAAUUCAAGGUCCGCGAAAUGGAACAACAGCCCCUGAGUAUGAGCAAGUCUGCGAUCAUUGCGGGCUGGGUCCUUGCUGCCGCGGGCACAAAGCCUCGUGUCGUGGAAGCUUCGUGGUAUAUCACCAAGGGCGGCGCCUGCCUGCCACCUUAG